AUGGCCUCAUCUUCAGCCCCUGCCCCCGUUGCCGUCGAGGCUCAACCCCAGAAGCUCAGCGGCCUCGCCCUCUACUCCAGAAUCGCCUUCGCUGGCGCUGUCUGCUGUUCCGUCACGCACGGUGCCUUGACCCCUGUCGAUGUCGUCAAGACCCGUAUCCAGCUUGACCCCGUUACCUACAACAAAGGCCUUGUCGGUGGAUUCCGCCAGGUCAUCCAGAAUGAGGGCGCCGGCGCCCUUUUGACCGGUUUCGGUCCUACUGCUGCUGGCUACUUCCUCCAGGGCGCUUUCAAGUUCGGUGGUUACGAAUUCUUCAAGCAACAGGCCAUCAACCAGUUCGGUCUUGAGGCCGCUACCAACAACCGCACAGCUGUCUACCUUGCCUCUUCCGCCGCCGCCGAGUUUUUCGCCGACAUUGCCCUCUGCCCUCUUGAGGCUACCCGUAUUCGUCUCGUCUCUGAGCCCACCUUUGCCAACGGUCUUCUCGGCGGUUUCACCAAGAUCGCCAAGAACGAAGGUAUCGGUGCCUUCUACUCUGGAUUCGGUCCCAUCUUGUUCAAGCAGGUGCCAUAUACCAUGGCCAAGUUCGUCGUCUACGAAAAGGUUGUUGAGGCCGUCUUUGGUGUUGUUGACAAGAACACUCUCUCCGACGGCGGCAAAACCGUUGUCAACUUGGGCUCCGGUUUGAUUGCUGGUUUCGCCGCUGCCAUCAUCUCUCAACCUGCCGAUACCAUGCUUUCCAAGAUCAACAAGACCAAAGGUCUCCCUGGUGAGGGUACCGUUAGCCGUCUUGUCAAGAUCGGUAAGGAGCUCGGUUUCCGUGGUUCUUACUCUGGUAUUGGCGCUCGUUUGUUCAUGGUUGGUACUUUGACUGCUGGCCAAUUUGCCAUCUUCGGAGACAUCAAGCGUGUCCUCGGUGCCACCACCCUUGAGAUCGGCAAGUAA